AGUUUGAUUUUAACUCAUCUAAAAGGUGGUGCGAAAAAUCAUAUCCAAACAGUUUAAUCAUUUUUGCAAUACCUCGAGCAUCGUAAACUUGAAAUCGAGUGACCUAGCAGAAGUUCAUUUCAACAUGGGAAAGUCGAGUUGAAGAAGCGGUCCUACGACAAUACGAAAAAUAGGAAGUUUGGACCCUUCCAGAAAUGGUCGGCUACUACAGCGAGGCCACCCUACCCACAGCCCAAGUCCGCACCUCCAUAGACGAACCGAUCUCGGUGAAGAGGCUGGUUUGCAGCCCCGACUUCGCUCUCGGCGCUCCGCUUUCCAAGCAGGAGGCGAUCCAGUGCCAGGUCUGCAGCAAGAUGUACACUUCGAAGGCGGCGUUCGCCAGCCAUGCGCGUUCCCAUGCCAAGGAGACUGAGGAUCCGUACCGGUGCGACAUCUGCUCGAAGACAUUCGCGGUGCCCGCCAGGUUGACCAGGCACUAUCGCACGCACACCGGAGAGAAACCGUUCAAAUGCGAGUUCUGCAGCAAGAGCUUCAGCGUGAAAGAGAACCUCAGCGUCCACCGGCGCAUCCACACCAAAGAGCGCCCCUACAAGUGCGAGGUGUGCGCACGCGCCUUCGAGCACUCGGGCAAGCUGCACCGACACAUGCGCAUCCACACGGGCGAGCGGCCGCACAAGUGCUCCGUCUGCCUCAAGACCUUCAUCCAGAGCGGCCAGCUGGUCAUCCAUAUGCGCACGCACACGGGCGAGAAGCCGUACGUGUGCGCAGUGUGCCAGAAGGGGUUCACGUGCAGCAAGCAGCUCAAGGUGCACUCGCGCACGCACACGGGCGAGAAGCCGUAUUCGUGCGAGAUAUGCGGGAAGUCGUUCGGUUACAACCACGUGCUCAAGCUCCACCAGGUUGCCCACUAUGGAGAAAAAGUCUACAAAUGCACCAUCUGCAACGACACCUUCAACUCCAAGAAGAGCAUGGAGGCCCACAUCAAGAGCCACUCAGACAGCGUCCCCCCGCAACCGCCCACUCCUCCGGCGUCCUCGACGUCGGAGUCUUCCUGCUCCAGCGGCAGCGACGUGGAGACCUUCAAAGACCUACCCGCGCCGCUGGCUCAAGAACCGCCCUACGACUCCGACGUGCGUUAUGUCGUCUACGCCGGCAGAGACAGGACCGCCCCCGGAACAUACGCCGUCCCCUCCACGGGGGUGGAACUGCUGGCCGCCGCGGCGACCACCGUCACGGAGCGGGACGAAAUUUUCCGCAACACGCAGGACGUCCUCAAUCUGAUCAAGAGCAACCAGGCGUGUCUCAGACACCCGGCCUACUUCACAUCACCCGCGAUCCAGUACACCCCCUUGACCGCCUGCGACGGUUUGAGGAGGCGGGUGGAGGCCGUGCUGGCGGUGGAGGGGAGUCAGUCCGAGGACGAGAUCGCGGCCUCUCCCCCGCUUUCCGGGCCGGUGUCGCCUGCUCCUCUGCUGUCUCCCCCCGUGUCGCCCGUUCCGGAGCCCGACCCGGAGUUGAGUUUGCCUCCGAGGAAGAGGUCGCGGAUGAUCCUCAAGUCAAUGGAGAGCAGCAUAGACUUGUCGCCGGUGCGGUACAGCUCGGUGAUUCAUUACGCGAGAGCCUCCUAAUUUAUUCGACUAUAUAUGCCCUUAUCGUACUAGUUAGUCUCUAGCUUUAUACUUUCAUUCAGUGAAAUAUUUUUUUUUCUGUGAUAAGACUAUAUAGAAUCAACGUUUUACCUCAUGGCAGUGCCUAGGCGUUUGCAAUAUGGUGUGUGUUUAAAGAAACUGUUACUUUUUUGUAGAUAAUUGAAUUUUGAUUGGAGAAGUGUGGUAAAGUGUCGUUGUUUUUCUAUUGUUUUGUAUGUUCUUUUUAUUAUAUAAAACUUUAUGCAAAUUGGUAUUUAGACGUAUGUUAUAGUAUGUUAUCGCUAAGUCUGAAGUGAGAAUUAUGAUUAUGAAUUAUUGUACCCCUCUUAUUGGUGUUACCCUCAUGAUUCACAACGUAAAUAAUAAAAUAUGUGAACCUC